AUGCAGGCAGCAGCAAUAAUGCUCGCUGUUAUUGAUCCUGGAACCUGGAAAGUGAACGAAAGUAAGAAUCCAUAUUACAUGCAGGAACAAUAUCGCUACGAGCACGCAUCACUCCACGAAUCUGAGGUGGUACGGAUUUCAGGAUUACGUUCUGCCGUUUUGAUACUCUCUAUGAAGGAGAAGAAACACAGCAAGAUUUCUUUAUCGGCUCCCUUAUUGGACGAACCUACGCUGAUAACAGAUAUUCCAAAAAAGAAGAAAAAAAGUUCUGCUACAUCUGCUUCUAGGAUUGCGGAAGAUGUGGUUCUCGAUCCACCCAAAAAGAAGAAACGAGGACACAAUGAUAUCGAAAGCGAUUUGGUUGUGGAAGGGGCAGCAAAGAAGGAGAAAAACAAAAGUGGUUCUAAUGCAGCAUCUCACGGACACACUGCCCAACAUCUAGAAGAUAUGUUCCUCGAUCCACCCAAAAAGAAGAAACGAGGAACCAAUGAGAUUGAAAAUGAUUUUGUUGUGGAAGGGGCAGCAAAGAAGAAGAAAAAGAAAAGUGGUUCUGAUGCAACGUCUAAUGUCACCAUUAAAAAACAACUUGAAGGAAAUUACGUAGUUGGCUCACUUUCUGCUAUUUUUGGUGGCGGUUCAGCGUCCACAUCGUCGGAGAAUUCCCAGGAAGUGCCUAUUUUCGAAGGCGAAACCGUUAUAAAGCCAAAGAAGAAGCAAAAGAAAGAACUACUAGAGAACAAAACUAAUGGACAUGAAGAAUCUCAGAGGGAAGGUGAAGAAGAGAAAAACAAAGAUCGUGUGCAACAACGUGAAAAUCGCAAAAAGAGUCAUGAACAACGAAUGACAUUAGAAGAAAAAAAGCGGACGCUUUUUGUCGGCAAUGCUCCGUUGUCUAUGGACGAACGUUCCUGCAAGAAGUUGUUCUCACAAUUUGGUCCGGUUGAUUCUGUACGCAUGAGAAGCGUAAUACCAACGAAGGAGACCAUUACGAAACGAAUUGCACAUAUUUCCCAUAACUUCCAUGAGAAGCAAACCUCAGUCAAUUUCUAUGUGAAGUUUAAGGAUGAAGAAUCAGUUCAGAAAGCUCUGGCAUACAACGGAACUAUUUUGGACAGACAUCGCAUCAGAGUUGACACUUGUACAUCUAAAGCAGAAUAUGAUCGAAAGCUGACGGUUUUCGUUGGUAAUCUGCCUCUGGAUGCGAAUGAAGACGAGUUGGCUAACUUGUUUGAAGAAAACGUUGGAGGUGUUAGCUUAGUGCGAUGUGUGAAAGACCAGGCUACUGGAAUGGGCAAAGGCUUCGGAUUUGUAGUGUUUAAUUCAGCUUCUUCUGUUCCACUCGCGCUGAGUAUGACUGGAAUGCAGUUCCAAAAACGCGAACUUCGCAUAACGAAAGUGAUGAAGAAGACCAAAGUAGCAAAGGUCCAGCAUGCAAGGAGAAAGAGCGGUAAUAAUAGUCAAGCGGAGACCAGGCUAACCAAGGAACAGACUGCGAAAAUAGAUAAAUACAAGUUCUCCACGAGGAAAUCAAACGUAGAAAAACGUCCAGCACUGAAGAAAAAGGCUAAGAAAGCUAUACAAAGAAAGAAGCAAGGUAAACAGUCUAAAAGCUUAAUGCAGUAG